CCCAUGGUGCCAUCUCAUUCCACAAGCGCGCGCCCCCCCCAUUCCCCGACGCAGGGUGCCUUCCAAGGGUCUCCCCCCCCACUUGCCAUGUGUCCGUCCUGUUGUUCGUUGCCACUUUCCGCCCUUCCCCCGUUCACCAAAAAUAACGUUUUCCAACACUUUCCUCCUCUUCUUUCUGCUUUGCAGCCAUGUAGAGAGAAAGAAAAAAAAUCCCCAACAAGAAGAAAUAAAGGAUUUGAACGUACCGGUUGA